GGUUAAAUAUUGUCAAGGCACUUUAAUUUAUUGUUAUAUUACAUUUGUUUUUAUUUGAUAAGUUAAUAUUUGAUUUUAUUAUUAUUUAAAUGUGUGGCAAAAUGAUUAGAAUAAUUUAUUCAAACCUGUUCGAAAAUUCUGCCGAAGUAAGAUGCCUACGUAUUCGUCAUCAUUCCGUCAUCUUUGCUCUCAUUUGCUGUGCAAACAAAUAUUGUGAAAGCAGAAAUGAAAUGAAGUAAGGUGUUCUGGCGCGGUUGUUGUUUAUGUUAGUUUUGAACAAAUAUUAAGCGAAGUGAAAUAUCACUGUUGAUGAAUAUCAGUCAUGUUUUGAUAUAUAGUUAAUUAAUAAUGAUUUACUUUGAUAUCAAGAUAUUGAUAUUUAAUUAAUGACACUUUUAUUUUGCGUGCACGUUCUAUGUUUCAAAGUUUUAUACACAUUUUGAUUUGCCUUGAUUAUUGAUAAAUCAUGACGAAAAGAAUCGGCGUGCACUUACGUGUGACGGGGCAUACUAGUCAAGGGGGCAGGAAAUACAUGGAAGACUGUUUUAGUGUCGCUUACCAGCACACAGACGAUCAGUCAGAUCUUGAAUAUGCGUAUUUUGGCAUAUUUGAUGGACAUGGAGGCAGCGAAGCUGCCUUUUUUGCGAAAAAUCACUUAAUGGAUUACAUAGUAUCUCAAAACGGUUUCUGGUCUGAAAAUGAUGAUGAUGUACUUGAAGCUAUUAGGGAGGGUUUUUUAAAAACGCAUAAUAAAAUGUGGAUGAUACAAGAUGAGUGGCCAAAAACAGCUUCGGGGCUUCCAAGUACAGCGGGUACAACUGCAAGUAUAGCGUUUGUACGACAUGGAAAAAUAUACACAGGACAUGUUGGAGACUCUGGCAUAAUUCUAGGCUAUCAAGAAGAUGGUAAAAAAACCUUGGCUUGCCAUGGCUUUAACGGAGACCAUAAACCAGAAAGCUUAGCAGAAAAAACUCGCAUAGAAAACAAUGGUGGAAAAGUGGUUAUAAAGAGUGGGGUACCAAGAGUUGUUUGGAAUAAACCCCGAGUAGGUCAUAAGGGUCCAGUUCGUCGUAAUACUCCUGUGGAUGAAAUACCAUUUUUGGCAGUUGCCAGAUCUUUAGGUGACUUGUGGAGUUACAAUGCUGAGAAUAAUGUUUUUGUAGUCAGUCCUGAACCAGAUGUUGCUGUGAAAAGGAUAGAUGUGAAUAAAUUUAGAUGCUUACUUUUUGGAACUGAUGGAUUAUGGAAUAUGCUAACACCACAACAAGCCGUUACUUUAGUACAACAAGCUGAAGCCAAUAAUAAGUCUCCCCACGGUAAACGUGAAUGGAUAAAUCCAUCAAAACGUUUAGUUGAAGAAGCUUUAUUAAGGUGGAGUAGUACAAGAAUGCGUGCCGAUAAUACAACAGUUGUAUCUCUGAUGCUUGAUCCACCUGGUAUGCCUAAAAAGGCUUCUCCAAACAGAAUACUACCAGCAUCAUCACCAAAUUCGACAGUAAAGUUGGAAAAGGAUUCAGUGGUAUCCAAUGAAAUUAAUGAUUGCAUACUGAACAGAAAUGAAGUCCCAGAAAAUGAAACAGAAAAUUUAGUAGAAGAUGUUAGUGAAGUGGAUGAAAAUUUGACACCAAAAGUUGAGCAAGUGAGAUGUUCUACACCAUUUGAAAACAUUGAUGAACAUAACGCUUCAGAAGAAUGUAAUGAAAACAAUGCAGUUCGCACUGAACAAGAAAAUAUGCCUGCAAAUAAUAACAGUAGCUUUGUGACAUGUAUGGAUGAUGAUGAAGAAAUGAAUGAUGAUUAUAAUGCAUUCCAAAUGAAUUUUAACGCAGAACAUAUAAAUAAUGUGAUAUUUGGGGAAUUAACAAAAACUUGCAUUCUCCCAGAAACGGAUGUUGCUGAAGAGCAUGAUACCAAUUCCAGUUCCAUCAAUAAUGAGCAAAAUCUGUUAGACAAUGAUGGCGCUUGCGAAGAUACUGAAGAUAUAAAUACUGAAAAUAUAAAUACUGAAAAUAUAAAUGAUAUAUCUUCUGUAGUUACGACAGAUGAUUUUGAAGAAAAUAUUGAAGUUUCAUCUGAAGAUAUUAAAAAAGCUGAUGCUAUUGAUAAUAAUGAUGAUGAAUCUGAAUCUAUACAAAUUCAUGAAAUUUCCAGUUCUGUAUCACAAGAACCAGUAGAAGAAAUAUCCAACAUUAUGACAAGAGCUCAUAAGUUAAGAAAAAGAUCUGCAGAAAUUGAAUGUCAACAUAAAACCAAGAAGAAUAAAAUUACAUCUUCAGCAUCUAGAGCUUCACUCAGAAGAAAUGGCAAAAAGCAAGGAGAUAUUAAGGACAAACCUGUUCAGCAGGUGACAACUAUAAACAAACAUGCCUCAGUAAAUGCUUCAGUUAAAAAAUUGUUUGGCAAAAAAUAUUGGUAUCCAAUUGUAUCACUAGAAAGUAGCGAUUUAGAAGCCUUGGCUGCAAGUAUUCUUUGUGAAGGUAAAAAAAGAACUGGCGCUACUUUACCAGCAAGAAAAAAUAAAUUAAAAAAAAAAUCAAGGGGAAAGUAUAUGAAGUUUGUAAAAUCUAAAGCAAAAUCAAACUUGAAGAAAAAAUAGCCCCCAGAGUAUGUAAAAAGGUAGAAGAUAAUGCAACUUUGGUACCUUGCAUAGUUUUAGAAACAUUGUUUAAAUUAGGUUUAAGUAAAUGUUAGCUAUUUAGCCAAAGGUACUGCAGUAACUUGCCUUGAGAGUUAUAAACAAUAGUCAUUCUGGCUAGUGUCAAAUUUUAGUAUUAGUUUUGUGUUCACACACUAUAUAAAAAUUCGUAUUUUAACGAGUUACUGCUAGUGAACUGUAAUUUGGAUAAUUCAGUAACAUUAUUUUAAGGCAAAGUUAUGUUUUAUAAAAAUUUUAGUAUAUAUAGAUAUAUAUAUAUAUAUAUAUGUAAUAUGUAUGUAUAAAGUUUAUUACUGCAUAGUCUAGAAGUGAAGUAAUUCUUCAUAUCAUAUAUAAAGAUAAGAUUUAAAGAUAUAUUUUUCAGAGUGUAACUAUUGUAUUUUCUUAUUGAAAAUGCUGCAUACGUUUAGACAUGCAUGAGUCAUUAUUGAAGGAAAUAGGAUGGAUAGCUUAUUUCAUAUAAUUUUACAUGCGUAUCAAAAAAUUUGAAACAGCACCUCUCAGUGUAUGAAUUGUGAAAAUUAUACAAAGUGCCUUUUUUAAAAUGGAUAAAUGCAUACAAUUGUUCCAUUUGUACUAAUGUUUUUAUUAUAAACAUAUAAUAAUAAAAAUUAUUUACCAUAUUACAAUAGUAUUUACAGAUAUUUAUA